CCCAGACUUCCUGCUGAUCUAACUUGCACUUGCACAAAAGUGACUGACAACUGACAAUAUUUUCCAUCAUGUUUUAGUUAAUUGUCAAUUUUUAGAGGUAGGUUUGGAGUGAAUGACUAUGGCGAAACCUUUAACAGUACCAAACUUAACAGCUGCAUAGAAACCAAUGUUUUAAUCUGUUUAAGGAACACCAUCCAGGAGAGUUCACAGUUAUUAGCUUUUAUCUCCAGGCAAAAUUAAGUUGUAAAUUGUUUUUAUAUUUUGCUCAUCAUGUGUCUACAUUCCUGUGCAGAUUAUAAAACGUAAAGACGAUGUUAGAAAACAGGUGUCUCAGAAAGCUAAACAUUACAGCAGCAUCUUGUCCCUGCUGCUGCUGCUGCUGCUCCUGCUGCUGCUGAUGAUGAUGAUGAUGAUGGUGGUGGUUUGUUCUGCAGUACAAACCACACAGUUGUUGCAUUGACCUUCGCAGAGGAAAUGCUGCUUUUCACUGCUCUGACUGAACAAUUCAAAGUGUUUGAUGUCACAUCAGCGAGAGGUACAAUGAGACAAACAUCUCUUCACUGGCUGCUCCUUCUGAGCUCACUGCUGUGCUGCACAACAAACCAAGCCUCUCUGACUGUGAAUCCCAGCAGCUCUCAGAUGUUUGAAGGACAGUUUGUCUCUCUGAGCUGUGAGGAGGACGACAGCUCUGCUGGAUGGAUGCUGAGGAGGAACACAAGCAGAGAAACCAGUGCUGAGUGUGGAGCUCACUGGGGAAGAUCAGGUGGUUCCUCCUGUAACAUCACUGACAUUGUCCCAAUGGACAGUGGAGUUUACUGGUGUGAGUCCAGAGAGGGAGCAACCAGUAACAGCAUCAACAUCACUGUCACUGGUGGAUCAGUGAUCCUGCAGAGUCCUGUCCUCCCUGUGAUGGAGGGAAAUGAUGUCACUCUGCACUGUAAAACAAAGACCUCCAACCUCCCAGCUGAUUUCUAUAAAGAUGGCUACCUCAUCAGGACUGAGCCUACAGGUCACAUGACCAUCCACCAUGUUUCCAAGUCUAAUGAAGGCCUCUACAAGUGUAACAUCAGCAGUCAUGGAGAGUCUCCACCCAGCUGGAUCACUGUCACAGGUAAACCUACAACCACAGCCCCGCCCCCUGUCUCAGCAGCCCCGCCCCUUGUCUCAUCACCCCUCCAGCUUGUGUUCAGACUGGUCUGCCACCUAGUGGUGUUCUGUCCAUACUUCAUCUCCACUCUCAUCAUGGUGUCUUUAUAUUGACACAGGCCCACAGGAAAUGACCCGCUUGUUUCCAUGGCAAUGCCCUGACCCACCAGGCUGAGCAGGGAUUGGAUGAUGACUAUGAUGAUGUCAUCACCUCUGUCAUCACAGAGCAUCACUUCUGAAUUGAACAGAUGUGUCGACGUUCUGAAGUGAAGCUCAAAUAAGAAUCAGAUUUCAAAAGUGUUUAAGAGGCAGACAGAAAGCAGACCAAUAAGACGCAGGUUCAAGGUGAACACCAAGACACUUUAAAGCUGCAGAUCUACUAAAAGAAAACAUGUCAUUAUUUUCUGCCAUGAUGUUAUAAACUUGUUUUCUUAAAACUGGUGAAAUAAUGUGCAGAGAAAUGUCACAUCUAUCAAUCUAUCUCUAUCAUUUGUUUUGUUGUUCAUUUUAUGACUUUAUGUUUAAUUACUGAUGUUACACCAGUGUGCAACCUUUUCUGCAGGAUUAAA